AUGCAAGACUUAAAGGAACAACUUUACUUAGCUUCUUCCCUGGAUCCACGUUUUAAGUCCCUGCCUUUUUUGACUGAUGAUGAGCGUGAGGAACUCUUCACCCAACUCACUGAUAACACUAAGACACUGGCAACGGAAAAAAGCUCAAGUGGACCAAUAAAUGCAGAGGCCAAUGAAGCAGAACCAGCUGAGGACUCUGGACCCCCAUCCAAGAAGAAAAGAGACUCUUGCGCAUUGGCAGAUCUCCUUGGGGAGACAUAUACUCCAGAAGCGGACUCCAUAAAAACAACAGAUGAUGCAGUAGAUGAGGUGAUGAAGUACAAAGAGGUAAAACCAGUUCCACUCAGCACUAAUCCACUUAGCUGGUGGAAGGAGCAUAAGGUGGAAUUCCCUCUUUUGUAAUGCCAAGCUAAGCAAUACCUCUGUAUUCCUGGUAGUAGUGUACCAGCUGAGAGAGUCUUCUCAACUGCUGGUGACAUUGUCACUGCCCAGAGAAGUGCACUGACGCCUGAGCAUGUAGACCAGCUGCUGUUUUUGAACAAAAACCUGCAUGUGCACUAGUUAGAUAACAAAUGCUUCAGAGUUAAGUUAACUGGAGUUAACUCAGUUAACAUGUUGUUAUAUAUAUAUUGUUCUAAAAUGUUAUGAGUUAUAUGAUGGAAAUGUCUGUAGUGUGUCCUUCAUUUAGACACAGUAAAUAAGCCAAAGGUUCUCUGAUCAGAUGUUAAGUGUUAUUUAUUGUUUACAAAAUUAUAAUAUUGCACUUUUUUGAGUAUGCACAUUUGUGCUUCUGUUUACAUUUCUUGAACUUGAAUGUAUAGGAAGAAAGAAAUAUCCUUUCUACUAAGUUACAUGCACUUUAGAGGUGUUGUUAAAGCACUGUACAGUGCUUGUUACAGUUUUGUUUGUAUUCAACAUUUACAAUAUUUUACAGUUUAUUCUGCUGAAUAAAUAAACCAUGACA